UAUUUUCUGAGUCGGUGCAAAAAGUUUAAAAAUAUUCAUGUUGUUGGACGCCUGUUGACUCGUCUCUCUUUUCCUCUCCAGAACGGCACUCUGCACUUCUGUGGAUUUCAAGUUCUUGCUCCUCAGAUAUUCUGGAGUCCGGCUCACUGUCCCCCCGCCGUACGAACCGCCAUGCUGGAAGGUUGGCGAGCCCGACUUAAAGGACUGCUGUCAGAGAAGCCUUUGACCUUUGCCCCCUGCGAGCUCUUUGACCUCAGCUUCCAGGGCGGCUUCAGGCUGUGGCCCAAAGUCAGGGAGGAGCGAGAGUCGCAGCCGUACGGCAUCACCACCGGACACCACCUGGGGAAACCGCUGCCGCCAGAUAACCAGAUCACAGCUCCGCCCAACGAUGAUCCACACACAUAUGCCCCGCCCACCGAUGAUCCACAC